AUGGAUCGUCUACGAUCCAAAAAUAUAUUAGCAUCGUGUAUGAACAUCCAGGCAGCUGCUAGAGGGAUUUUACGACUGGUCCUCCAGAACUUUGACCAAGCUGCUGCAUCUGGCGGGUACGUUGGACCUACCGUAAAAGGAGUUGGUUUAAGACCAGUGCAGAAUCGAGGGGUAUUGUUGAGGUUAUGCCUCGUAGCCGUCUCGUCGCUGUACUUUGGUGGUUUUAUCGCCCAUAAAGGAGCGUCGUACCUGGAAGAGAACGAGAUCUUCGUUCCAGCUGACGAUGACGAUGAUGAUUAG